AUAUAGCCCGGUCUUGCCCAAAUUGGGGGUCUUAUUUGAUCCUACAAAAGCCCUACCAGCAAAAUCUAAUCUACAACGUAUUACGAGCCAACAAAUCUCAAGUGAACGUACUAGAUGUCACGGAAUACGAGACUCCCCCCGGUCGAUGCGCGGUCCAAUAGUCCGGCCGAUGCAAGCUCCAAGUUGUACGAUCUCAUUAAAGGUCGUAUUGAGUCUGAUCUGAACUUCCGCGGGUUUGGUAAUCAGCAGAGUGUGAAAGACACAAUUCUUUCGCAGCUCCAGAUGAUACAUCAGUUCUCAAACUUCAACAGGGAGGGAGUAGUCGAGGCCCAUUACAUGUUUUGGGCAUAUCAGAACGGGCAGCUCUUGUGGAGACUCAAGGUUGUGUGUGACAGUGACAAUCCCAUAGUAGGAAGCGAGCAGACACCGCAUUACGGCUAUGAAAUCUAUUUCGACGGCCAGAAACUUGGAGGUGCUGCUGGCCACGUUUGGUUUCCAGCCAACUCCUCCCCAAGGUACUGGAGAUUGCCACACCUGAGGUUUUCGGAGGAAUACCGGGGCAAACACAUAUACCAGUUCAACUUUCCCAACAACUGCCGGAUGGAUGUAGCAAUGCGGUUCUUUAAUAUGGGAGACACUGGCCUCUCGAGAGGCGAGGUGGAUGCUCGCAAGGAAUCAGAGUUCAACUGGCAUGUUGUGGAUACGUACCCGAAACCUUCGUUCGGGAAAACCUAGUUGCAGUAUGGUAACACUGACUUGUCACGUGCAUUGAUGAUAUGGUAUCGAUCAGGGCUCGAGGCAUGAAUAUGUAUGAAUAUAAUGUUACCCACAACUCUUACCUUUCACAUACGACCAUAGG